CCAUGGGUACGUCCAGAAUUAAACAGAGAAUAUAGACAAAUCAACUAACUGUGACAUAUUCCAGGUCUUCUCCCUUCAUUACUUCGCUCACUAAGUCUCCAGGGCUACCGAAUACCUACUCCCAUACAACGAUUGGCUAUCCCAGCCUUGCUAUCUAAUCCCCCUCAGGAUCUUGUAGGCAUGGCUCGUACAGGUUCUGGAAAAUCUCUUGCCUUCCUAGUUCCUCUGGUACAACGCCUCGGAGGGCGUCAUGCCACAACGUUUGGUGCCCGUGCUCUUAUUCUAAUUCCGACAAGAGAACUUGCACUCCAGAUUCUCAAAGUUGGGAAAGAAUUGGCAAGAGGAUGGAAUCAUGGCAAAGGUGACCAUGCUGGAGAUUCCAAAGAAGAAGAUACCAAGGGUCAGGGUUUGCGCUGGGGCUUAAUUGUGGGGGGAGAAGGGUUGGACGAGCAGUUCGAGAUGAUGACGAAUAAUCCAGACGUAAUAAUCGCCACGCCCGGUCGCCUACUCCAUUUGAUUGUGGAAAUGAACCUUGACCUGAAAUCCGUCCAAUACGUCGUUUUCGACGAGGCUGACCGUCUGUUUGAGAUGGGUUUCGAGACAUCCUUGACCGAGAUCAUCCACCGGCUUCCUUCAUCCCGACAGACUCUACUUUUCUCCGCGACACUGCCCACGUCCCUCGUUGAAUUUGCUAAAGCCGGUUUAGAGAACCCCAAACUUGUACGGCUUGAUGCUGAAAGCAAAAUCAGUCCCGAUCUGAAGAUGGCGUUUUUCUCGGUCAAACAGGCAGAAAAAGAUGCAUGCCUGGUGUCUCUUCUCAGGGAUGUUAUCAAGGUUCCACUCAUAGAUUCAUCACAACGGGAGGAAGAAGAAAGGCACGACGACAAGGGCAAAGGUAAGGCCAAAAAGAGGGAAACAAUGCCUCAUCAAACCCUUAUUUUCGUGGCCACCAAACACCAUGUCGAGUAUCUCUUAAAUCUUUUGACUACAGCCGGGUAUGCUGUUUCUCAUAUAUACGGCUCUCUCGAUCAGGCGGCACGAACAUAUCAGAUGGACCAAUUUCGCCGCGGACUGACGAGUAUCCUAGUCGUAACAGACGUUGCUGCUCGCGGGAUCGAUAUUCCUGUUCUCGAGAACGUUGUCAAUUACGACUUCCCCCACGGUGCUAGAGUAUUUGUCCACCGCGUCGGUCGAACUGCUCGGGCUGGUCGUCAAGGCUGGGCGUGGUCGUUUGUCACCCAUACCGAACUUCCUUACCUGAUAGACCUUCAAUUAUUCCUUGGCCGGCCGUUAAAAUGUGAAGUGACAGAGGAAGGCGAUCAGGUUUACACCGAGUCGAUGGUUCUCGGCCCAAUGGAGCGUAGCAGGAUAGAUGAGGACAUGGAGUAUCUCAAGUCGCUAGACGAUGCCAACCACUCUCUGCCUUCGUUGCGCGAUGUGAUGAAACGAGCGCAAUCUAUGUACGAGAGGAGUAAAGGGAAGGCUAGCCCUUCAAGCUACAAACGAGCCAAGGAGAUGAUCAAAGACCCCAAAUGGAUCUUGGCAGGAUCUGACACUGGCAUUAACCCUGUACUACUUAGAGGUUCAAAUGAGUUUGAACGUCGUGCUCAGGUGCAAGCUAAGCAGACGCUUCUACGCGCUGUGAACUCUUUUAGACCUGCGGAAACCGUAUUUGAAAUUGGCACAAAAGGGAAAGCCAGUACUGCCAAUGCCGCCUUGAUGAAGGAGCGCCGAAAGGCCCUCACUAAAUCUGUACAAAGAGCUCAAGCUGCUACCUCAUCGGCCUUGGCCGAGGAUGAGGUUCUGGACGCUGUAGCUUCUACUAGCAAAAACCUGGAGAUGGCAAACGAGGACGAUAUCGCGGCUGUGUUUGACACUAGCAAAAAUAAAGGUUUCCGGGAUCAGGAAUUCUACAUGUCUCAUUACCAGAAAGAUGCUCUAACUGAGAAAGGCUACUCCCUAACGGAUGGCGCGUCAUUCUUGGAACAAGCCCGCGGGGCUACUUUUGAUCUCGCUGGCGAUGAGGGCGUCGCAGACCGUAAAAAACGCCAGCUGAACUGGGACAAGAAGAAGAAGAAGUUUGUCAAAGGUGGCGGGGUGGGUUCCGACAAUGUCAAGAUGGUGAAAACGGAGAGCGGUACAAAGCUUCCCGCCACGUAUCGCAGCGGUCGUUUUGAUGAAUGGAAAGCGAAGACUCAUUCCAGUCUGCCCAGGGUAGGUGAAGUUGAGGGUGAAGGGGUACGAUCUAGGCAAAUGUCUGGUCCUGGUGGACACCGGUUCAAGCACCAAAAGAUCACUGAAUCUAAGCCGCUCGAUAAACGUAACAAAGAUUACGAGCGAAAGUCGAGGCAAUUGAAAAAGCGAGGAGAUGCUGAGGCAGGAAACUCAGGCGGUGUGUCUUCUUCCCAAGUCAAGGGAGGACGGACAAAGGUCGGAGGUCGGUACGGAGGAAAGUCGGUUGGACGAGUCAAGUCGGAGCUUAAGAGUGCUGAAGACAUUCGCAAAUCGCGGAAGGUUCAGGAGAAACGAAAGGCAAAGAAUAAUCGUCCGCCAAGUCAUCGUAAGGGAAGGCGAUAGUAUACCGCUCUAAUGAUAUGUUUCAUUAACCUCUUAAAGGCAGACCCUUUACUUCUUGAACCUUUCGAGAUGAUAAGACGUUAAUUACAUACUUCUAGUUAUCAUUCACGGUAAAAAGAAACGCUGAAUGCCCCUCCCCUGCCCAUCCCCGGCUCGAGGUAUCACUAAUAUGCCGCUUUCGCUCGCGUAACUUAUAUAAUCAAAGAGAAAUUGCAUGAGUGAAUUCUGGCUCGCGAGACUAGAGAAAUUGUUGCUCUGAGU